UACGACUUUCGAACCUUUGAAGACGACCGGGCCCGGCUCGGAGACCAUCCAGGUGGACCAGCUGGACCCGAAGGACCAGGCUUCGGUGUGAACGGAGUCACGAGCGGGCCCACCGACGCACCAAGCCAUGGAGGACCAGGUGUAACUCCGUCACAUGGUUUCACAGGGCAGCCGCAUGCUGGACAUGCUAGUGGACAUGGCGGUGUCACUGGUUUCGCACCUACGGAUGCUCCCGACUACGACCUACCGAAGAUUCCGACACUUCCUCCUGCAGGACCCAACGGUUUACCAAACGGCUUCCCGAACGGUGGUCCGCACGGUGGUCCUCACGCCGGUCAGCAAGACGUUGGUGGUGCUCCGCAUGACGAUGGACAGUACCACGGAGAUGACGGCAGUGAUGGCCAAGAUGGCCAGUCCUGGCCAGCUAUCAGAGGAACACCCGGUCAAGACUACCCUGCCUACAGUGCCAUUCCCCGCACGGGAUUCAGCUGUGGAGAACAGCAGUAUGCUGGGUACUACGGUGACAUGGACGCACAGUGCCAAGUCUUCCACAUUUGUCAAGAAGAUGGCCGACACGACGCGUUCCUGUGCCCCAACGGCACCGUUUUCAACCAGAGGUUCUUCGUGUGUGAUUGGUGGUACAACUUCGAGUGUGACGAAACGCCCUCUUUGUAUCACCUCAACUCCCAGCUUUACGUCGGACCUGAUGGCGCCGGCCCUGCGGGAGGUGCCCCGGGAAGCAUCUAUGGCGCGGCGGAACCACAGCAGCAAGGCCCUGGCGUGACCCCGGGACACCUAGGCCCACAUACAACUGGUGGAUUACCAGCAACCACCCCUUCCGGAUCAUUCACAGGAGCUCCUGGGGCUCCCAACACUGGUCCCACCCACCACGGUCCGGGACACAUCGGAGUGCUUCCUAAUGGACACGUCCCGAAUGGUGGCUUCGGUGGUCACGCGGGACCUGCUCACGGUGGCCCCACGGACGAAGCUCCCGGAUAUGGCACCAAUGGUCACACUGGUGGCCUCACCCACGGGGGCCCUGGCGCGACGGGCGUCCCUCACGCAGGAGUAGACCACACUGGUCCCGCGCACCACGCUGGUGCUGGAUUCGACGGACCAGCGACGCACACUGGUACCACUCACACGACGCACAGCGUUCCCGGAUUCGGUCAAGCCGGCGCGCACCACACUGGUCCGACGCACACGACGCUCGGAGGUCCGGCUGGUCCCAACGGUCUGGACCACAGCGGUCCUACACACGGAGACCUCGGACACGGCGGACCACACCACGGAGGCACCGCGGGUUCAGACUUCACGGGCCCCACAACUCACGGAGGGCCGCAGCCCCACGGAGGAAUCACGGGGCCAGCUACUCACGGCGGGCCGCACCACGGGGGCACCACCGGUCCCGCUCACCACGGUGGACCGACGCAUGGUGGUCCCGGUUCUGCUGAUCUGACCGACAGUGACGAGGACGACUACGGCGACGCCGGCAGGCCCGGAUACGGUGGUGGCGGAGGAGGCCAUCGAGGUGGCAAGCACGGCGUGGGCUUCGGUACGACAGCGGCUGAUUAUGCGACGGGUGGAGAUGACUACGUCAACGGUGACGGCCCGGCCCAUCACGGCGGUCACACUGCCGCACCAGACCUGCCAUCCCCGCACCACAACGGAAACGGCGACAGCAACGGAAACGGCAACGGCGGAGCGGACAACGAACAGCUCAAGUACCCCAGCUACUAAUAAGACGCUAGCAACGCUCCAAUCACAGCUUCUCUCUUGUCUCGCUCCAGUUCUCUCUUCCUCGUCUUAGAAUCGAGCGGAUCUGUAAGAUACCAAUCCAUGCGUGUUGUUUGGCCAUAUUCGGCGAGUGCCGGUGACUGUGCGCGCGUGAGUGUGAGUGCUUCGGCGGAGGCGUGUUGUAUCACUCGUCGUCUCCGGGAGUGGUUGUGUUCAUCGCGAUGAGAAUGCGUGCAACAUAUUUGUUACUUUGUUACAAUGUAUAUUAUAGCAAGGAGGAAGAUAUAGUAGAUAUAACAUAUACUAUACUUGGGUAGCCGAGGAGUUCAUCACGCGUUUGUCGGCGAGUUGGACGUCUCGGUUGGGUGGCUUUUUUUUUCUCGCGACCUCUUUCUCGUCUUCUUCAGUCUUAUACCGUCCGACAGGCUUGAGGGAUCUUUAGAAAUACACGAUAUUUUGUAAUUUAUCAUUCUAGUCCUCUUUGCUAUAAUAUGCACACCAAGUUGAAAUAAAAACGAUUGUUUUGUUA